AUUCAAUUUAGAUACAAGAACAGAAAAUGUUCUCACUACGAUACAUUCUGUUUGCGUGUUUAUCGCUGAUUUUUUCCGAGGCAUAUGUUAUAAAUUAUACGCCAUGCAGCAUUAAGGAUAAAGAUUGUGUGAUAGAUUUAUUUCAAAAAGUCCUCCAUGAUCUCGGAGAAAAUGGAAUCGCAGAAAUAAAUUUACCCGCUUUGGAUCCGAUGAAAUUAGCCAAUAUAUCGAUAAAAGUUUUGGAUGAAAUUGUUAUACUUAUAAAAGAGGGAGUCGUCAAGGGCUUCAAAAAUUGUAAGAUCAAUAGUUUCGACAUCGACUUAGAAAAACAAUUGGCAAUCCCAGAAAUCGCUUGUGAAGUUUUGACGAUCAAAGGUCAAUUUUUAAUCGAAGGUUCGAGUCCACUACUACAGAGUUUAUUUGGAACCACUUCAAUAAAAGGAGAAGGAAAAACAAAAAUAAAACUGGACAAAGUAACCAUGAAGCUUGAAAUACCGGCAACCGUAAUCAAAAAGGAAGAUGGUAAAACAUAUUUCAAAGUUUUGAGUAAUAAGCCCAAGUAUACUUACGAUAUAAAGAAGCUCACAUUCGAUGCCAAAAAUCUUGUUAUUGGAAAAAAUGAUCUCAGUCAAAUCGUGACGACAUAUGUAAACGAAAACUGGAAAACCCUGUUAAAUACAUAUGGAAAAGAAAUCGUGAACAAGGCGAUUGUUAUUCUAUUUGAAAACAUUAAUAAAUUCUACGAUAAUAUCAGCGCUGAACAAUUAAUCAAGGAAGAUCUGACGCCUUACAUCAAAAACUAAGAUGUUUAGAACUUACUGCCUACUAUAAAAAGAAUGUACUGAAUAUUGUUAUUACAUAAAAGAUCAUAUUAAAAAUGC